UUCAAUUCAUUUAAAUAAAUAACAUUAAACUACAUAAAGUAUUAUUAUUAAUUACAAACGUGAGAAUUAUACAUUAAAGCACAGAUUUUUAUGUUAGACUUUGAAUUUUGAUGUAAAUUCCUCUUCUGCACACACACAUAUUACACAAAGUAUUUAGUUUAAUUACAUCAGAAGUAACUGUAAUUAAAUUACAGAAAAAAUAAGAGUAAUCCCUUACUUUACUUUUUCAAGGGGAAAGUAAUUAAAUUACAGUAACUAGUUACACCCAACACUGCACAUAUUAAACUGAACGCACGCCUCUAAACUAUGUCCAGUGACGUCACUGGCGUUUGGGAAUUGUAGUUCAUUCAGUGUCUCAAUGUUCCGCCAACGUUGCUGUGACGUUGUUGUAACGUGGUACGCGCGCUCGCUGGUAACCGCUUUGUUAAGCAUUUCCGCAUAUUUCUCUAAAAUAUCGCCUUUUUAUUAAGAAUCGGAUUCAGGGUUUAAUUUUGCGAUAAAUUCAGGUUAAAACCGCGCUUUUAUAAAUGGAAGCAAACAAUGUAAGCUGCUCAGACUGGGCCGUAAACAGACGGGCGGAGGGUCUGGUGAACAAGCAGGAAGACAUGGCACUGGGGACAGUCCAGGGACCCUCUGAAAACAUGCAUCCUCUGCCGAUCGGCAACAGCUCACACAUCCCGGGACAGGCUGAGAUGAACUUCCACAAGGAUUCAGAGUCCUUCAAAACUGCAGCGAUGACGGUGAAAUGCAUGCACGAGGAGGAAACGUCACCAUCAGAGACGGCAGCCUAUAGACAAAUCAUAUCCCUCCUUGUUGAGAUUAAGGAGGAGCAACAGAGGCAGUGGGCAGUCUUGAAAGAUCUGCAGGCCAGGGUUCAUGGACAGGUGUGUGAAGAAGAGGAAGAAGAGCUCGACAUGGAUCUGCCACUACUGACAAUGGAACAGCUUGAUAAAACAGAACGACAUUUAGAAGAUUCUGAAGCACAGAGGAGAAUGGUGUCACACCUCUCACGCAUGGGUGGAGCCACGGUAGAUGACGCGGUUCGGCGUCUCAUGCUCGCUGUUCUCUCUUAUGAUUUGGGCUCAGAGCUCAACUGGGUUGGAAGGGGACAGAAAAGAAGCUUCAGAAACACCAGACUGCAGGGUGUUUUAUUUCGUGCUUUGAAGAGAACGCCUGUAGGAAAGGAGGCAACACACCACCAGUUUGCUGAUGUAGUGAAGAAAUGGUUGCGGUUUGCCCCUUUCAGACAGAGAGGGAGUGGACGAAGACAGCACUUGAAGCCUGUUGAGUUCAUGUGUCCCAAGUAUCACAGUACUUUGGAGGACUGUAACCUGGAACCUGUGGAGGUUCAGGAUUCAAAAUAAAAGCAUUAGAAAAAAAGGCCCAUCUAUGUGGGAAGGUGGACUAAGUAAAUCAAAAAUUGACAAGAGCAUGAAGGGUUAUUUUAAAGCUUUUUACUGAAAAGCUUUUUUAUAAAAAAAAGGUUUUAACAAAGGAUUUAUUAGGAACGACAUCACAUGUAUCAGUAUCAGCAUAUCUUUUUCAAAUUAUUGGUGUUGAGAUUAAUAAAACGUCAAAAUUCUCUUUUUAUUUUUUCAACCUGGAGUUAAAAGUUUGUGAAAAACAGUAAAUCGUAAUGAUUUUGUAACUCUUAACUAUUUUCAAUGUUGCAGUCUUAAAUAAAUAAUAAAACAAGGGUCAUAUGGUAUAUCGAUAGACACCUGUGGUCCGUCUAACGCUUUGCAGUUCUUUUUUCAAUUUUCACAAUCAAAAUUAAUCAAAUGAAAAUUGUUUUCAAACUUUCAUUUUCAAUUUUCAUGGGUACUUCACAAAUGGAUAAUUGUCUCUCAGUUUCAUUUUCAGUUAUACGUGUUUGGGUAAUUGCUUCAGAGUUUCUGAUUUUCGAACAAACACAAAAAUUACUUGUUUUUCUAAUUUUACAUUUAUGUGCUUGCGCUUGCAGCUGGAUCGUACCAUUAUCGCCGGUGGUAGGGGUUUACAGUGCGUAUUACUGUUUAUAUCAGAUCACCGUUACCUUUGCACGUUAACCACAUUGUCUGGACAAUGAGAGAGUGGAGUGCGCUUGAUUCAUAUGAAAGUGUGAUCCGUCGGUUGGUAGAAUGUCCAUCUACAAAACAUGUCGCUUUCACGGUUAAUGUGUAAUUAUUAUGAGACGUCAUAUUAUCCCUUUAUAACAAUAAAAUAUAUAAUUUAAAUGCCAUAUUAUCCCAGGGAC